AUGGGGGUGUUUUUUAGUCGGCUGUUUUCGUACUUCGGCGAUCGUGAGGCGAGGAUCUUGGUGCUCGGGUUGGACAACGCCGGGAAGACGACCAUUCUGUAUAGGUUACAGGUGGGCACGGUGGUGAGCACGAUCCCCACGAUCGGCUUCAACGUGGAAACGGUGACGCAUAAGAAUGUGAAGUUUCAGGUUUGGGAUCUGGGCGGGCAGACGUCGCUACGACCGUAUUGGAGGUGUUAUUAUCCGAACACGCAAGCGAUCAUUUACGUCGUCGAUAGCUCAGACGUCGAGCGCGUGGGAACGUCCAGCGAGGAGUUCCACGCCAUCCUAGAAGAAGAAGAGCUCAAGGACGCGAUCUUACUGGUGUAUGCGAACAAGCAAGAUCUCCCCGGGGCGCUCACCGACGCCGAGAUCACCGAACAGCUCGGUCUGAGUUCGAUUAAGAACCGCACGUGGGCCAUCUUCAAGUGCAGCGCGCUCGAGGGCAAGGGCCUGUUUGAGGGACUCGACUGGCUCGCCGACGCGUGCGCCGCGAAGCGCGUCUAA